CCAUGUUGUAGGAAAUCCACAGCUGCUCCUCACUCUCUGUCAGAUUAGGGUCUAAUCCCGGAGAAGGAGGAGCAGCAGCAGGAGGAGGAGGUGGAGGAGCAGGGUCCGCUGUCAAGACGCGCUGUGCAGCUCGGAAAGGCAGGAGCUCUCGGUGUUGACGCGUAGUCAGUGAGCGUGUCUUUUGCCUGGACAUUACAGAAGAUGAGACGCCAGUCCUCUGUCUUUAGCUGCCCGCAGACUCGCCAAUACGUGGAGAUGUUUGCUGGCUAACUAGCUGGGAAAGAGCAACUAAAUCGGAUUAGCUGCUAACGGCAGCCUCCCUCUUUAACACACCCAGGUGGUGUUUGUUGUACUGGACACAUGUCACCCAGCAAACUGCCACCUCUGUGUGUUUAGUAUUGUUUUUAAUCACGUUGCCACUCUGUGUCAAGAAUACUACGUUGUGCUGUAAUUACUCGCUAGCAUUAAUGUUGCCGGCAGCUAGCUAGUUAAUUAGCCAGACCAACAACAAGUGCUCGAGCUCCUUCGUCAGUUUAUCUGGUCGUGUUUGUUUUGGGAAGAGCUGAGCUGAAACGAGUGCCUCCGACCUCAGCCGGGAGUCAGCGCGGAGCUGACAGCCACACCGGGGUGCUAGCUUGUCCUCGGGGCUAGCUGGCGAGAGGGCUGCAUCAAGAUUUCCAUCCUCGCAAUUAGCCUCCAGUGGAAGCAAAGAUGUCAGGGAAGGACAAAGACAAACAGGAGAAGCAGUCCACAACAGAGCGGCUGGUAAAAGCUGUGCCAUACCCUCCGCAACAUAAGCUGACUAUAAAAGAGCUGUUUGAAGAUGGCAAACCCAACGCAGAGCUGCUCCGCAACCAUCUUGUCAAGGAGGGCAGGGUUGAAGAGGACGUGGCUCUCAGGAUCAUCAAUGAUGGGGCCAACAUCCUACGCCAAGAGAAGUGCCUGUUGGAGGUGGAUGCGCCUAUAACAGUAUGCGGUGAUGUCCAUGGUCAAUUCUUUGACCUUAUGAAGUUGUUUGAAGUUGGGGGAUCACCCAGUAACACACGGUAUCUCUUCCUCGGUGACUACGUAGAUCGAGGAUACUUCAGUAUUGAGUGUGUUCUCUACCUCUGGUCGCUCAAGAUCAACCACAACACCACACUCUUCCUCCUGCGAGGGAACCAUGAGUGCCGGCACCUCACAGAGUACUUCACCUUCAAACAGGAAUGUAAAAUUAAAUACUCUGAACGGGUGUAUGAUGCCUGUAUGGAGGCCUUUGACUGCCUGCCCCUCGCUGCCCUGCUCAAUCAACAGUUCUUGUGUGUACACGGCGGACUCUCACCAGAAAUCAACUGCCUAGAUGACAUAAGAAAAUUAGACAGGUUUAAAGAGCCUCCUGCAUUUGGGCCAAUGUGUGACCUGAUUUGGGCCGACCCUGGUGAGGACUACGGCAGCGAAAAGACAACAGAGCACUUCAACCAUAACUCCGUCAGAGGCUGCUCUUACUUUUUCAGUUACUCAGCAGUCUGUGACUUUUUGGUAAACAAUAACUUGCUGUCAGUAAUCAGAGCCCAUGAAGCACAGGAUGCAGGGUAUCGGAUGUACAGAAAAAGCCAGACCACAGGCUUCCCUUCAUUAAUCACAAUCUUUUCAGCUCCAAAUUACCUAGAUGUCUACAAUAAUAAAGCUGCCGUAUUAAAAUAUGAGAACAAUGUGAUGAACAUCCGACAGUUCAACUGCUCCCCUCACCCUUACUGGUUGCCCAACUUCAUGGACGUCUUCACAUGGUCUUUGCCUUUUGUUGGAGAGAAGGUGACGGAGAUGCUGGUGAAUGUGCUGAACAUUUGCUCGGACGAUGAGCUCAUGUCAGAGGGAGAUGACCAAUAUGAAGGUGGCACCUCAGCGAUGCGUAAGGAGGUCAUCAGAAACAAGAUUCGCGCUGUGGGGAAAAUGGCCCGGGUCUUCUCCGUUCUCAGGGAGGAAAGCGAGAGUGUGUUAACACUCAAAGGGCUGACCCCAACUGGAACUCUUCCACUGGGAGUGUUGUCAGGGGGAAAGCAGACCUUACAGACCGCUACCAUUGAGGCAGAAAAAGCAAAAGCCAUUCAAGGCUUCUCUCCUACGAGGAAGAUUCGGAACUUUGAGGAGGCACGCGGCCUGGACAGGAUAAACGAGAGGAUGCCGCCUCGCAAAGACGGCCAGCAGCCAGACGGCACCACGAUCAACACCAACAGCCCCAACAAGAACGGCACUGGAUAGAAAAUGCCAUCCUCCCAUCUUCACACGACCCACACCCACUGAUUCAUAGCCCUCAACCAUUCUUUCUAUUAGUGUCUUUCUUUCUCUCACUGCUCGCCUGCAGUCGCCUGCAGAAAUGAAGCGGACACAUUAGAAGAAACACAGAAGGAGGCUGAGAAAACACUUGCAGCUCCUGUAAGAAGACAAACAUAUGAUUUGUUAUUUGGGGAAACCUUAUUUAUCAAAGCUUAACAUUUUAUUAGAUAUAUUAUGUCAUAGCAACAAUCAUUGAAUUAAGACUUUUCAGUUGUUCAAAUGUAUUCUGAGGUCCUAACUUGUACAUUUCAAAAAGUAUUAAAAGUACAUUUUAUAAAGUUAGUUAAUACAAGUAGAUGAAUCCCUUUUAUCCAGGAGUUUUAGUCUUUUUAAAAAAAGUGGUUUCCAUGUGUUGGGGAAAUCUAAAGUAUAAAUACUGCAGCCUCAGCAGCCUCAUUCGGGUCUGGCAGGAAUCUUGUCAUGACAUUUCAGGCACUUGAGGUCCUACAUACAGUACAGUGUUUGCUUAUAUGUGUGACAGCUAUAUAUUAAUAUGUAUUGAAAGGUGAAAAAAAAGAGAAGUAAAUUGUGUAAGAACAAUUACUACAAUUUAAUAUUUUAUACUACAGACAUUUACUGAAGACAUAUAGUCAUAUUUAUACAUUUUACACAAAACUUUGAUGAAUCCCCAAAGAAGCUGAAUGGAUUCUUGUUCAGUAUUUUCACUUCUAGAGUAACAACAAUAUCGUCAUGUAUUACCAUUUGUGAAUGAAACGGUUCAAGUGAAGGAUUAAUUCGUUGUGUGCAAUUACAGUAGCUGUGGCUGGUAUGACUUGUAUUCACUUGAUGGCAGCUAGGAUGCUAUCGCUCUGCUAAACCAAAAAAGGAAUAUACAGUACACCAUGUCUUAUUGUGUCAGCACUUCCCACUGGUCAAUACUCCCACGUUGCUGGAAGCACUUCUUCUUCUUAAGCACUGACGUUAAGCUGACCUCUCUGGGGGUUGAGCACGGCGCAGGAAUAUCACAGCAAACGGACAUAAAAGGACGUGUUGUCUCUGGUCGUCGAUGUGGACAGAAGAUGACUCAUUUGUUUGGAAAGCAUUGGGACUGCUGGACACACUGUCCUCAGAACAGACUGAUGUUCAUUAUUGCUUAGGAUAUAUCAGUGUAUCUAAAAGAUUUAUGGCGGUUUGGUUUGUUGUUUUAUUGUCAGACUAAAAAACAAAUUGGGGUGUGCUUACAGGCUUUUCCUUUGUUUCUAAAGCUGUAUGAGUGUCUCCAUCUAGUGUUGAUUCUUCAGGAUGCAGAUUCAUUUGAAUUGUAAUAAACCACACGUAUCAAAUGGAGAGAACAUCUGAUAUUGAAAUGACGGCACUUUGAUGACGCUGCACCCAGACACAAAUGACUGAGUCAUUCUACUCAGCAGGGACUAUAAAAGGUACCACCACCACAUGAUAAGCAUUCUAUCGAAACCUACCUGUAGUGUAAUCAUCUCAUCCAUGGCUGACUCACACAUGCAGUAUAUUUUUACAACUCCUGGUCAUACCAAGAUGGGGGCAACCUCUGAUUGACACUCAGAGGUUGCUGGUGUGUACAUAUGUUGUUUUUUCCUGUUCUGAAGUAUUCAGCUCACUUCUGGUCUGAGCACAACCCCUCCUGGACAAAAGACCAACUGGUGCUUCAGCUCACCUGACUGUAACUCUGUUGUCUUUAAUCAAAACGUCAAUAGGAGAAAUAAGCUUCAAGAUUCAAUAUUCUCUUGGAAUUUCCCUCCUUUUGUGUAUUUUAUUUUUUUAUUAUACAAUUUUUUUACUGAGGCGUUUGCGCUCUUUUGCCAUGCCACCUUUUGCCACACAUGUCAAGAUCCAUAUGUGUGUGUUUGUGUGUGGAUGGUGAAUCCAGGAUUCGUUCAAUCAAAAAUUAUUGAAGGUUAAGUUUUAGAAAUAGAAAAAAAAUCCCUAAAUAUAGUUGUUUUGUUCGUUAGACUUCUGUGAAAGCUUUUUAAAGCGGAAAUAUUUCGGUUUACAUUUUUAACUGAUGUUUACGUUUGUUUUAAAGGUAAGGCUUUAUCGCAUGAGCCAUGCAGACCGCUGACCUCCUUUUAGGUCCCAUACAUAACUUGCAGAAUGUAAAAAGAUAUAUAUUGUUCAUCAAAAAUCUUAAAAUAGCUGUAAAGUAAAAGGGGUGGAUAAGAAAGUGUACUGUACUUGUCAUGCAAGGCCAUGAAAUCUUUUACGUAGAUGUAUCACUUGAAAGAAAAAUAAUAAAAAUCAACUAAAGUGUU